CUGCAAACAAAAUACGUAGGCGGAUUGAAAAAUAAGUUUCCUGAGUGAUGAUGUGUACUAAUAAAUAUGAAACAGCUGCUACUGUUCUCGUGGAUUAAACUUAAUUAACUUGUAGUCUUUGGAGGUUUCAUGUUGCCAUAAACUUGGAUGAUUUUGUGAUAAGAAGAGUAGAUAACAAUGAAGCCCAUCUUUAUUUCAAAAUGCUAUUUUAAAAGCCUAGUUGGGUUAACACAUAUUGAUGCCAGUGCCGUCCUUUUUACUCUAGUAACAACUUACAGCUGAGACUGUCAAUAACCCAACUAACUGAAAAUGUGGAAGUUCAGAAUAAAUGUUCCUCCUGAUGUAUACUAUGGAUCUAUGGCAUUUUAUAUAACAAUUCUAAACAAUGUCUUUCUUUUGUAUCACGUGGACAUGUUUGUAUCAGUGUAUAAAAUCGAUAAGCUCUCAUUUUGGAUAGGAGAGGUCAUAUUUCUGGCCUGGAAUUCUUUAAACGAUCCGCUCUUUGGAUGGAUGAGCGAUCGAAAAUACCUUUCAGGUACAUCAAAAUUCAGCAGCGGUCCUGAAGUGAUCCUACAACGAUUAACAGCCAUCCAGAGAAAUGGUCCACUAUUUGCCGUAUCCUUCUUAACUUUCUGGGUCUCGUGGGCCUACCCCUGGCUCCAGUUUGUCGUGUGUCUGUGUACAUAUGAUGGAUUCCUCACAAUGAUCGACCUGCAUCAUUCGUCCUUGUUGGCCGAUUUAGCCGUAUCCGCGGACACCAGAACGAGACUAAAUUCGCGGUGCUCGGUCUUUUCCGCCCUGGGUUCAGCAUCAGUGUUCUUGUCGUAUGCUGUGUGGAACAAGAGCAACUUGUCGUCAUUCCGUCUGUUUUGUGUGGUAUUAACAGUGGUAUGUGUCGUAGGGUUUUACUGGUCUUCAAAUGUCUUGAAGAAAUAUUACAAGACUCUUCUAGAGGAACAACCAGCUGUCAGUGAGUCGAACUACACAGUGCCUUCUGAGGAGCUCUUAGAACAGAAAACGCUUUUGAAGCAAUUUUGUUUUCAACUUUUAUCUCAGAAAAACUUCCUCUGGUUUGCAGUAAUGAACAUUAUUCAGGUGUUUCACUGUCAUUUCAACAGUAAUUUCUUUCCUCUAUUCCUGGAGAACCUCCUAGGUGAUGGUGUUGGCCCAGGUUUUGCCUCAAUUCUUGUUGGUAUCUCGUUUGUUGCUCCACAUAUUAAUAACCUGUAUUUUCUAUCUCUGUGUCGGGUUUACGGUGUCUACGCUGUGAUACGUUUUUUGUUCAUAGUGAAGCUCGUCCUCAGUAUCAUCAUGUUUUUCGCUGGACCAAACCACAUCUGGCUACUCUGUGUUUUUAUUGCAAGCAACCGUGUGUUCACAGAGGGAACGUGUAAACUCCUGAACCUGGUCAUCAGUGACCUGGUGGACGAGGACUGCGUCAUGCAUCGCAGGAAGCAGGCCGUCUCGGCGCUCAUGUUCGGAACCGCCGCGCUCCUGUCAAAACCAGGGCAGACGCUCGCUCCUCUCAUUGGUACCUGGCUGCUGGCCAUGGAAACAGGACAUGACAUCUUUCAGUCAGGAAAUGAGUCUGGCUCUAUCAGAAAACAUCUUGAGGACAUGGAUCCUAAAAGUCAAAUGCUUCAUCGGCAAGGCUGCUUCAACCUGCUGGUAUAUAUACCAAUCGUCUGUGCCAUUAUGCAACUUCUAGUAUGGAUGCAAUUUUCCCUGCAUGGGCAUCGACUUCGAUACAUCAAGUCUGCAAGAGAAGGAAACAUGUUUGCCCACGUCUGAAUGUGUUCACUGUGAUCAUCGGAAUAUCAAAAUAUUUUUGGAGACUGCCCAUUUAUUAAUAGAUUUAUUUUUGUAUUUAAUAAACGUAAAGUUACAUAUAGCUCUUUAUCAAAGAGUUACUGGAGCAUAUCAAAUUGUGACUUGAUUCUCAGUUAAGCAGUUUUAAUUACUUGAGGUUUUUGAGGCCCAUCAUUGCAUAUUUAAGUAAUAUAUCCCAAAAUGUCAGUUACGUAUAUAUUUAUAUACAUUAUGCAUAUACAUUUGCCCAUUAUUUUAAAAAUGAUACCUAUUUCUGUUUGUUUUUGUUGGUUUAUGGGAACAUUUAUAUAUUAUUGUGUGUUAAAUUAGACCAUAUUGUUAUUUAAUGUUACUCUGUGUCUUAUUUGUUAUCAAAGUAUAGAAUAAUACAUGAUUUUCUUUUCUUUUGUGUUGUUCACUUUGAACAAUUUUCCCUAUGCGGUUGGUCUGUAAUCAAACCCCAUCGGUGGGCCCAAUGAGCUAUUUCUCAUUCCAGCCAGUGCACCAUGACUGGUAUAUCAAAGGUUGUGGUAUGUGCUAUCCUGCCUGUAAGAUGGUGCAUAUAAAAGAUCCUUUUCUCUUAA